AUGAACCCCACCGAAGAUGGGAACCCGUCGAAUAACAUAGACGACGGUGAUGCUUACGUCGAAAAAAAUGACGAGGCCGUGACCCCAGCAGACCAUGCCUACGAGGACAACGAUGGCCCACGAGACGAGGAACUCCUUCCCCGAGACAGACAGAAACGAACGCACAGCUACAACUACGCAUACGAGAAAUCCAUGAGCCAUGCCGAAGCGAAACUCUUCUAUCAAAGACACCAGGAAGAACAGCAGGCUGCAUCACGAGGUAGCGGGGGUGCCGGCUAUGAUGGAGGGGAUCACUACCACCCUUCCCGGGGUAGUCCGGUCUUGUCACACCAUUCCAUACCUGUGAGGAACACAACCGCGGUGGGAGAUGAUGUACCUCCCAGCAUGGCUGCGAGUAUCGGAUCUCUCAAGAGUAGCACUGGUUUUGCUUCGUCGACUAGUCUAUAUGACACUGGCAACAAUCAGCUUGCUGCAGCGGAGACAUCUACCUCCUACAAUCAGCACCCGACAUACUCAGGAAUGCGCGAGGAUACCGUGCUAGCCGCCGACCAUUCGGCCAGAUAUCACCCGCUGCAGCCGUGCAUGACCCAACAUCCCUCAUCUACUGAAGUUGGUGGAGGCCCGUACUCGUUGCCUCCUCAAGGGAUGUAUGGAGUUGGUGGCGGAAUAAGCGGAGGUAUGCAACAUGGUAUGGAAGGGUUUCUGCCAAGUGAUGAUGCCGUCAACGCUGAAUUGGAGAUUGUCUGUCGCAAGAUCCAGAAUCUGCUGGACCGGAGACACAAAUAUAUUCAACUCUCAUUGCAGGGCCCUGGUUGCAAUCCCAAGGAUUCACCUGAGUGGCAUAUUUACCCAAGUCCACCAGAGCCAGUGUGGGAUGCUGAAAAGGAACGGGCAAAUGCGGCAGCUCUAGACAACGGCGUUUCUGACGGAGGGCAACAGGAACAGGAAUUAGAAGCAUUACGCCUUAAGAAGAGACGUAAAAUGGGUCAGGAUAUUGGUGAAGACUUUGAUAUGGAUGAAUUGCUUCCUCUUCCCGAAGCAUCGAAGCAGUUAUUCGAGUUUGAUUCUUCCAGUGUGUACCAGGUCUACGAGAAUGAAGACGAGAAAGCAAAGCGGAAACCAAUUGUUCAGAUUCCGUCCCUGAGAGAUUUCUACAUGGAUUUGGAUGUCGUCGUUGAAGUUUCGACUGAUGGUCCCGUCAAGUCCUUUGCGUUCAAACGGUUGUCUUACCUGGAAGGAAAAUUUCAGCUUCACACUCUGUUGAACGAGUACCAGGAGCUUGCGGAUAGCAAGAAGGUGCCACAUAGAGACUUUUAUAAUGUCAGAAAGGUGGACACUCACGUGCAUCAUUCGGCUUGUAUGAACCAAAAACAUCUAUUGAGAUUCAUCAAAAGCAAGAUGAAGAAAUCGCCGGAUGAGGUUGUGCUUUUCAGAGAUGGAAGACAUUUGACCUUGAAAGAAGUGUUCGAGAGUAUCAAUUUGACAGCUUAUGAUUUGAGUAUCGAUACGCUUGACAUGCAUGCACACAAGGACUCAUUUCAUCGGUUUGACAAGUUCAACCUGAAAUACAAUCCUGUCGGAGAGUCUCGCCUUCGUGAGAUCUUCCUCAAGACGGAUAACUUCAUUAAGGGCCGAUACCUCGCUGAAAUUACCAAAGAAGUCAUAUCCGAUCUGGAAUCCAGCAAAUAUCAAAUGGCUGAGUGGCGUAUCUCGAUCUAUGGACGAUCAGUAGAAGAAUGGGACAAGCUGGCAGCAUGGGUUGUUGACAACAAGCUGUUCUCACCGAAUGUUCGCUGGCUUAUACAAGUCCCUCGUCUCUACGAUGUGUACAAAUCGAGUGGCAUGGUCAAUAACUUCGAGGAUGUCAUCAAAAACCUCUUUCAACCUCUGUUUGAAGUAACACAAGAUCCCAACACUCAUCCAAAACUGCACAUAUUCUUACAACGCGUCAUUGGAUUUGACAGCGUGGAUGACGAAAGCAAAGCGGAACGCCGGCUCUACAAGAAGUACCCUAUUCCUCGCGACUGGAAUACUAAACAAAACCCGCCUUAUAGCUAUUGGAUCUAUUUCAUGUUUGCAAAUAUGGCAUCACUGAAUACUUGGAGACAACGUCGCGGUUUCAACACCUUCGUUCUAAGACCUCACUGCGGUGAAGCAGGAGAUCCGGACCAUUUGGCAGCUGGCUUCCUUGCUUGUCAUAGUAUCAGCCACGGAAUUCAUCUUCGAAAGGUACCGUUGUUGCAAUACGUGUACUAUCUUGAUAGAAUCGGCAUUGCAAUGUCGCCACUGAGUAAUAACGCACUGUUCUUGACAUACGACAAAAACCCAUUUGCGAGCUUUUUCAGAAAGGGAUUAAAUGUUUCCCUUUCCACAGAUGAUCCGCUCCAAUUCGCGUUUACAAAGGAACCACUGAUGGAGGAAUACGCUGUUGCGGCGCAGAUCUACAAGCUGAGUGCUGUGGAUAUGUGCGAGUUGGCCAAGAAUUCCGUCGGUCAGAGUGGGUUUGAGCUUGCGCUCAAGCAGAGAUGGCUUGGUCCUCAGUGCUAUUUACCUGGUGUGGCGGGUAAUAAUGUCGCUAAGAGUAAUGUGCCGGAUCUGAGAGAGGCGUUCAGAUAUGAGACCUUUCUUGCUGAGUUAUCUUUGAUUGAGAGAUAUGCAACGCCAAGAAGUCUACCUCGCUCAAAGAACCCUCCCACAGAACGAGGAACUCCUAUCUCAGCAUCCAUCGGUUCACUCAAUAAUGCACCGAGUCACACUAGAGUAACUUCGGACCAGCCUCCUCACACAACCACCACAACUGCAUCAGUUUCUCAAACCGGAUCCCCAGUCAUCCAGCCUCGUGCUUUGGGACACUACCACCAUAACCGCCUAAGCAAUUCCUUCUCUCAACAUGGCGCUCUCCUCCCAGAUCCUGUAUCUCCAGAAUUACCUUCCUCAUCACCAUCUCUAGCCACACCACCAGGAGGAGCAAAUCUACCCGAGCAACGAAUCAUACCGGGGUUGGUUCAUGAAAGGACAAGAAAGGGAAGUAAUUACUCCAUGUCCUCUUCCGGAGCUGUCACGGCUGCUACCAGGGCGGAUCUGCUGCAUUCGCAGUCGCAGUCCCAGUUGCAGUCACAGGCAACAUCGCCAAACAGAUUUGAGGCUGAGAAUGGAGGCGAAUGCUCGGAUUAUGGCGUUAUUUGA